CUAAAGUGUCGGUGUGUAAACAAACUCCAGCACGCUUUUGACACGUCGACAACGCACGCACUAGCCAUCCCAACCACCUCGCAGUCCAACCCCCACCGGGUGCCGCCUCGGCUCACCAUGAAUUUCAGAUGAUGGGAUCCCUGACCUCCCGUUCUAUUCAUUCUGCAAUUGUUCAAUCUCACAAACCUUGAGUUACACACUGCGAAGAAUUGUUGCACAGCGACAGAAAGGUCCGAUAUGGCUACUACCAUGCACCACCCGUCUCCCCAGCCGGGCCUUACCUCAUUCGCCAUCUACGAAGACCCACAGGAUCGCGAACCCAUGUCGCCUUCGGACUUGUUCGACGGCAGUGACUCGUACCACUCCGAACGCUCGUUCCCUAUGGCCCACGACGUUGUACAUAGCAUUGAGCUGGCACAGCAACAGGAACCCGACGACGAGCCCCAACCCUACCGCAGCUCCUACACAUCACGGCCGGGGUCCCAGCAGCGCAUGUCCUCACAUUACAGCUUCGUCUCGGCUAUUCCAUCCGAGUCGUCGAUAGCUUCGAAACCCAUCCUUCCCGCUAACGAAGCCGGUGCACGAGCACGCAAAGAACGUCCGCGCUUCCGGAAUACAGAGUCUGUCCGCGCCAUGCAGAUGUCGUCGCCGCCGCCAACACUCGCACACCAGACUUCCCAAGAGCGACUGAAAGGCUCCUUCAAGCUGGCUACACCUAGCAGGAGCAGCAGAUCAGAGCACGACAUGUCGAGACAGUCCACCGGAUCACGGAGGCGGAGCAUACGGGAGCCUCAUAGUCCGAGACCGACCCCGACACCACAGCAGGCUCCGCUGGUCUUGCUACACGUUACCAUUCUGCCCAUGCAGGUACCAUACUCGCACGACAUCAUGGCAAGGAUCAUGCCUGAUUGGCUAGUGGAGAACUACAAGCUACUGGAGGAGAAACUGCAGGACAUCAUCCUGAUGCGACGCGGGCUUCUCAUCCCGCACCCUAGGGACGAGUACGACCUACUCGAGGAACGCAUACUGGAGAGCUUGGAGCUCAGGACACCCCGGCUGCUCCCAUGCGGCCACUUUGUCCCACCCGAGGACGAGGACGAGCGGGAAGAUGAAGACGAUGUCGCGAGCGUCGGCGACGAGAACACUGGGCGAGGCAGUCGCAUGAGUGGAGGCACAUUGACCGAAGGAAGCAACACCUCACACAAUGGCGACCACAGCAUGUGCAUAGACUGCCACCGCGAACUCAAGAAGCCCGGCAAAGGCAUCGGUGCCGGCACACGGAAAUGGGACAUCAAGAUCUACGCCGCCAACGGUCUGAUGCGCGCCGCCGCAUGGCAAGCCUGCUGGAACGACAUGGAAAGAUGCGACGUCGAAAUCCACCCCUGGAUCCCCGAAGAAGUCCGCAAGACGCUCGAGCGCCGCGCCCAGGAAGAGCAAGAAGCCGACAAGCGCAAGGCACAAUACACCGUCGAACUCCAACGCCAAAUCCAAGAAGCCGCCGCCAAGACCAAGAUCCUAGAAGAGGAAGCCAACGAGGCAAAGCGCAAGGAGGAGGCCGAACUACAAAAGAGCUUCGAAGAGGCCGCCGCCGCCCUGCAGCGCAGCAUCGAAGAAAAGGCCGCCGAGAAGAAGAAGUUCGAAGAAGACCUACAACUCAAGCUCAACGAAGCGAAGGAAGCCGUCCGCCUCGAACUCGAAGCUAAAGCCCUCGCUGAAUCCGACGCGGUUGCCCAGCGCCUGCGCGCCCUAGAGACCGCUAUCAAAGAACAAGAGAGCGCUGAAGCUGCCACACGUCUCUCAGCGGCACAGAUCCCUCUCAGCACACUGCUGAAGAACUACAUCAUUCUUCUGCUCAGCGACAAGCGCAACUCUGUUAUCUUGUUGCUGGCUGUCGCUGUCGCAUACAUGGCGAUGAACAUGCAUGCUGCUCAGCAAGUACCCGCGUCGGCGCAGAUGCUCGAGCUGCCGACUGAGGUUGCGGCAAGCAUGCCGAAUGCUGUUACGGCUACUAUGACUGCGACUAGUUAUUCUACGUUUACGGUUACGGAGUUUGCGACUGCUACUGCUGUGCCGGUGCUUGCUGUUGCGGAUCCGGAGAUCGACUCUGUGGCUGAGGAGGUGAAGGCUGAGGUCGAGGUUGUUGUAGAGGAGAAGGCGGAAGAACAGAUAUCAACCAGUCCAGCCGUGGACCUCGACCUCUUCGACGUCGUUGCUGAACAGUCUACUUCUCUCGCUGCUGAGGUUGAGGCUCAGACGGACGUCGUUGCUUCCAACCAGACACCGGCUGAGACCUCCUUCUGCGCUUCAGAAGUCGAACCCAUUUUCCCCGCGUCGCUUGCGUACUGCGCUGCAUCGGCUUAGAUGCUCUUCCGCAAGCUCUCCUUCUCCCCACCCCCAUAUUUCCUCCUCUUUUCCUUGUUCUACUUUUUACUUUUCUUCCAAGCUUAUAACGCAUACCCCUCACGGCCUCCAUCAUCUAUAUGCAUACACCACACGAUACUAUACCAUGUCUUUCAUGUUCAUGUUCAUGACGUAAUGUAGCGGUUUCGAUCGAAGAUAUCCCUUUUCUUUCGCUUUUUCUUUAUGGUUGUUCCCUUUGGUCAGGGCAUAGCGGGAGCGUGUCGUUAGGUUUUCCCUUGGUUGGAUAGCAUGGGUGUGGAGAGUAUAUACCAAUACCGA